CUGGAAUUUGCGCCGAGCAAGGUACAGUGCCGCGCAUGGCUCCCACGCUCCCACGCCAUCCGUUCCCCUCAAUGCGAGUGUAAAACAAGGCUGGGCUCCACAGUUGUGUGAGUGAACGAAGCUUGCAUCCAUGCAGCAAAAAAGGUGGAAAACAGAUUCCUCCACUGAUAACUGACCUACCUCAUCAACCGCAGACCUUGAUGUCGGUGGAACGCUUGCUGGGCCACACUCCAAUUCCAAUUCAAUCAAUCGCUCAAAGUCCACACAAACUGACGCCGCCACCGGUGAUCGCUUGAAUCCCAAAUAUCAAGCGCCGCCUCAACUUGCAACAAUGUGGUCUAUCGUUCGUCCCGCUGCGCUGCAAGCCGCGCGCGUCACUGGGGCCACCGGCUCCCUGCCCGCCCGCCAUGGCCUGGGAUGGCUCUCGGCGCGGGUGGUUCUCAACCGCAGCGCCUCGUGCGCCUACCGCCUGACCGUUGUGGCCCGGAGCCUCGCGACUGCGACGGCCAAAGCCAAGACUGCCCGCAAGCCAGCCGCGGCUGCUACCAAAGCUACCGCGACCAAGCCCAAGGCCCGCGCCGCUGCGACGAAGAAGCUGGCGACCAAGAAGCCGGCGACCAAGACGGCCAAAUCUGCUAAGGCGACAAAGACUACCAAGGGUGCCAGGGCUGCCAAGCCCAAGGCUAAGUCCAAGGCUGCUAAGCCGAAAAAGAAGGCAACCAAGGCGAGGAAGCCGGCGAAGACCCCCGAGGAGAAGCUGGCUUCGGACAAGAGAAAGCUGGCGAAGAGUACCCUGUCUGUACCGACCCAGCUCCCUUCGAACUCCUGGCUGGUUUACCUCAAGCAGAAGAUCCAGGGCAAGCACUUCAAUGUUACACAGGAGACACCCGCUCUCAGCAAGAGCUUCAAGGAGCUGCCGGCGGCAGAGGUCGAGAACCUAAAGGAGACCGCGCGGGCGAAUGUCGAAUUAAACAAGGCUGCCUACAAGGCUUGGGUGGAGAGCCACACUCCAGCCGAGGUGCAUGCCGCAAACAAGGCGCGCUCCCGCCUCCGCCGCGUCCACAAGGUCUCGAAAUCGAUGAUCAAGGACCCCCGUCUUCCCAAACGCCCGAUGACGCCCUUCUUCUUCUAUAUUCAAAAGGGCUUCACGCCUCGCGAUCCCGCACUCGUGAAGGUUACGGAUCAUGCGAAGGCUGCUGCUUCUCAGUGGAACACACUGGGCACGGCCGAGCGCAAGCCCUUCAUUGACAUGGCGAUUGCAGACCGGUCUCGGUACGAGGUGGAGAAGAAGAACGUAGGCUUGUUGUAGGCUCUAUGUCUUUCAAGCUCGGCGAGCUCCGCUACCACUCUUGUCAAUCCCAUCAUGCUAGUUGCAAAAAAAUGCACGAUACUAGGUGGACAAGAGGAGCGAGUUUCGGGCUCGACGACCUCAACUCGUCUGUCUAGCUGUGUGACUUGAGGGGCCAUGAUUCGCAUGUCAGCGCCACUCCAAAUUGUGUCUAAAUAGGUUUCGGUCGUUCUGGAAUUCCAGUCGUUACGCUUUCCUUAUUUCAACGCACGAAUACCCAAACUACCCCCUGAAAAGGGAACAGCACACAUCUUCUUUUCUCUCACGUCCCUUUUGCAGUUUGUGCAUCUGUGGUUAUUUUCUUCCCAUGGGUGAUAGUUGCGCUGUGUGGGCAGUUUUUGUGCGUCGUAGGAUUAAGCAUUAGGGAAAAGGCGAGGAAUGGAGGCACGUUGGUGUAUGUAUAAUAGCUCGAAACGUGGUAAAUCCAGGGGAAGUAAUUAACGAAAGGAACAUCUCUCCCGCUUCCCGAGUAGAAGUCAGUCCAG